AUGCAGGACAUUGAUUUUUCCGACCCACACUGGUUUUUGAGUUAUUACCAUUUUAUUGGAUUGGUCUCAUUUAUUCUGAAUUCUAUUGGAAUUUAUUUUUUGAUGUUUAACACCAAUCGGUUGGGAAAUUUCAAAUAUUGCUUGUUAUUAUUUCAGCUUUCCUGUGUUCUUACGGAUAUUGAUUUUACGGUUCAAUAUUCAGGCGAAUACUGGCGUGGUGUCAGUAUCGCAUUUGUGACCGCAAUCCAACUGGAAAGCUUAAUCAUGUGUUUCGUGAAGAAGCAUCAAGGAGUUGCAAUUCUAUUGAACAAACAUAUUCUGUCAAAAUGCGUAAUAAACGCGUUAUACGUACUUUGCCUGAUUUUUCCAUUUUUCAUCUGCGCAUGUUUGAAUUCCCUUAGUCUCAGUCGGGAAAAUGCGUUGAUAUAUAUCAAGGAGGUCUAUCCGCAAGGUUAUAUACAGUUCUCGAACCUGCCAAAUUUUGUGGUCUAUGUAAAAUCACAGAAUACUAUAAUAUUUAUUGUGGCACUUUUUCUAGUUGCAAGUUUUGGGUUCUUAUUCCUUUGUUUAUCUAUAUAUGAUAUUGUACGCAUGAUGUCUCAUUUGAAGCUUCGAAUAUCAAAACUAACAUAUGAAAAGCACAAUGAAGCACUGAGAAGUGUGAUCAUUCAGUUUAUAACCGCAGUGUUGUGUAUGGCGGGUCCGAUGAUACAGGUUCUGAUCUUAGUUUUCGAAAUUCCACAAAUGAAUUUCAUAUCUGAAUUAAUAUUCGCUUGGUUCGCAAGUCAUUCAUCAAUUAAUAUGGUUUCUCUAUUUAUAUUUUUCCCGCCAUAUCGCAAGAUUAUUGCAAAGGGUUUAAAAAAAACAAAAGUGAACAUAAAUCUUGCCAUUUCUUCGAUGGGACUUUGA